AUGUCCCCCAUAUCCUCAGCCCUCCACGCGGCUCUUGCCAGCCUUCACCUUCUCCCCAUCCUCUCCCUCUCCUCCCUCGUCCUCCUCAUCCUCUGGCACUACCUCUCCUACCGCCCCCUCUCGCACAUCCCCGGCCCCUUCCUCGCCAAAUUCACCAACCUUUACAAAAUCUACGCCUGGUCCACAGCCCGUCAAGCCCACGUCUACGGCGCCCUCCCCGCCAAGUUCUCCUCCUCCCUCAUCCGCAUCGCCCCCCAAGAGCUCCUCUCCUCCGACCCGGACUUCAUCCGCCAGAUGAACUCGGCCCGCACGGAAUACGCCCGCUCAAGCUGGUACACCCCUCUCCGCCUCGACCCCUGGGGCGGGAACCUCUUUGUCUGCACCUCCAACACGGCGCAUACCGCCCUUCGGGCCAAGCUCGCAAACGGGUACAAUGCGAAGGAGGUCCCAUCGUUGGAGAGCGACAUCGAGCACAUCAUUAGCAAACUUGUGUCCUAUAUCAGAAAGCGAUGCAUUUCCGAGCCACGCGGCCCGACGAGGAAGGUGGAUUUUGCGAGAAUCUCCCAGUUCUUCACGCUCGAUGUUAUCACCAGAGUCGCUUAUGGGAAGGAGUUUGGGUAUCUAGACCGGAACGAGGACAUAUUUGACUGGAUCAGAACGAUCAACGACCAGGCGGCGUGGUUGGGCAUCAUGAGUGACUGGCCUGUUGUGGGCAAGAUCUUGACGAACAAGCACGUCCUCGCGGUUGUUGGGCCGGAGAAGAAGAAGAAGUCUGGCGGGGGGGUGGGAGGGAUUAUGAAGAUGGCUGAGGAGAUCGUCGCCGAGAGGUUCGCCCCUGGGGCGGAGAAGGAUAGGAAGGACAUGCUCGGGGCCUUUGUCCGGCAUGGGGUUACGCAGCGGGAGUGCGAGGUGGAGGUGCUGUUUCAGAUUGUGGCGGGGAGUGACACUACGGCUGUGGCGGUGAGGGGGGUGGUGCUGUAUUUGGCGGCGUGUAGGAGGGUUUAUUUGAGAUUGCAGAAAGAAAUUGACGACGGGGUGAGGGAGGGGAGGAUUUCGAGUCCGGCUGUGAUUUAUGAGACUCUUCGCAUGCAGCCUCCUAUUAUGGCCCUAUUGCUCAAGCAAGUACCGCCUCAGGGGGAUUACAUCAACGGCCAGUUUAUCCCCGGUGGCACGAGGGUCGGGCAGAACGCCUGGGCGAUCAUGCAAGACAAAGCCCUCUUUGGCGAAGAUGCCGAUGUGUUUCGACCUGAGAGGUGGCUCGAGGUUGACCCCGUGACCAAGAGGAAGAUGGCCGACACGGUCGAGAUGAUUUUUGGGUAUGGGAGAUGGGUCUGCCUCGGCAAGCCGAUGGCUUUUAUGGAGUUGAACAAGGUCAUUGUUGAGCUACUCCGCCGCUUUGACUUUGAGAUGGCAGACCCCAAAAGCAGGAUGAUGGAGAAGGAGUACGGUCUGUUGAUUCAGAGUGGACAGUGGAUGAGGAUUACCGAGAGAUUUCCAGAAAACAGGGAGGAGUGA